AUGAUAAUUCAAAUCAUUGUUUUGUAUCUCAUUGAUGAGGUAGACCACCAACUACAGGAAGAUAAAACCAAAUUUAGGAAAAAAUUCUAUUUUAAUAAAAAAAAAUACGUUUAUUCUUUAAUUCUCACUAAAGUUAAUAAUAAUACUGAUACUAUAUAUACAAUAGAAUAUUGUAUAUCUUGUUGUUUAAUAAGUGAGCUUAAUAUUUUAAAGAAUAAAAAGAGGACAAUAGAAUUAAAUUUCUAUAGUUGUAUUGGAAAUGAUCUCAUUUAUUAUAACUUUUUCAAUAUAAGGAGUAUUUUCUUGUUUGUCGUUGACUUUGGAAAGGAACCAGUUGAAGCUUUCUGA